AUGCUUGAAACAUCGAAAAUAUGGUAUCCCAUAGAUGGGCAACCUUCCACGUUUGAGGACUCUACGUUGAUUAUUCCAUCUGUGGCCAUAGGUAAUGUAUCGCAGUUAGCGAUUGAUUUAUUUAUUCACACCUUCUCUUUCGAAAAGAUUGGGAAUUUAAGUGAUAUAUAUAUGUAUCCAUUUGCCGCUCCUUCAGACUAUCGGCCAGAAGCUGAAUCUGAAGGUAUUUCAACUCCAAUUGAGGUGUACUACAAUAGUGACUUCAACUUAGUACUUAUUCAACAGAGAUCUCCGAUAAUUCCUGGAUUCACUGCCAAAUUCGUCGAGAACGUCAUAAUUCCUUUCAUUGAACUCUCGAAAGUAAAAAAAUUGAUACUCCUAGAUUCAUCUGAUGCUGGAAUGGUAACUGAGCUUAAACCGGGCCUGGUUCGUUUAUAUACUAACGAAGACUUGCUAGAUAAAUCGUUUGAAUCUUUAAAGUUGACGAAGCACGCAAUUCCAUUGUACCAAGAACCCUACGAUCACUCUUUAUUUAUUCUUAAACUAACAGAUUCCCUUAGAGGUCGUGACUUGAAAACGAUAGAGAUCAAGGUUUUGGUAUCCUACGUUUACGAAGGUGACAACUUCGAAGACGGCGAAGUAUUAGCCAACGAACUCAUAAAACUUGCUGAUUUAAGUCAGCCAAGUAAUUGGACCAGACCAGUGAGCUGGCUUGGUGUCUAUGGUGAUAUGCCAGUUCCAUCGGCGAUGGAGGAAGGUUUAUAUGGUUAA